AUGGCAGAGCCAGAAAUUGUUGUAGCGUCGGGAAUUGAAGACAAUCCUUCACAUCCCGAAGCAUCCAACCAUGAAAGUCAAGUUGAAGGUAUGCAUCCUAAUCCCGGUCAACUCGUUCAGGCUAUUGUGGCCGAUCGAGGCUUUAUUUCCAUGUUAUCCUCGCCAAUAUUGUCGAAUAUCGGCCCACAGUUGAAUAAAAGUCAAGAUGACUCCAAUAUAAAUAGGGCAGUUUCAAACCCAAUACAAACUGUAAAUCCCGGAGUAUCGGACGAUCAAACGGGUAUGUUAAACAAUCAGAUAAAUCCCGGAGUAUCUGACGAUCAAACGGGUUCUGCAAGUGUUAAACGGACAGCAGAAGUUUUUGCCGACUCCGAAGGCGAAGCCAUCAUUCCGACAAAGCGACCUCGUGGUCCAAACACAUUUGACGAAAGCGCAGAGGAAAAUGAUGUCGAAACUGUCGUGAUCGACGACGAAUUUACUUCCCAGUAG